CUUUUCAGAAUUACUGAUAAAAAAAUGUGAAGUCAGAAUGGAUUUAUAUAUAGUUUGUAACUUCCACAUUGAACAUUAUUACAUUUUGUGUACAUAGAUUCAAAAAUGAGUGACUCUGUGAAAAUAAUAUUAAGUGUUUGUGAAAAAUUAGCAAAAAAACAUAACCUCAAUGCUGAAAUACCCUAUAACAAAUUUAAACCACGAGCGAAACAUUUUGGAGGAAUGUUUAUUUUAUUUGGAGGAGGUCUAUUGGCGAAUAGAAUAGGUUUGCUACCUAGAAGAUUUGGUUUAGCUGUACCAGUUGUUGGAUUCAUAGGGUACACUGUAAUAAAAUCUUUAAAUCGAAAUAGACAUAUUAAAGCAAUUGAUGAUGUUAUCAAGAGUUUAUCAACAUCCCAAAAAAUUGAAUUAGCAAGUGCUGUUGGCAAUAUUUUGAAGAAAAAUACAGGUAUUGGUUCUUUAGAUGAGACUGCCAUUUUAAAAGCACUUGACCCUUUGACUGAAUUAUUCAUAAUUAAUGAAAUUGUUCAAAUAUUGAGACAAAGACUGUAUUUAGAUGUAUGUCUUAGUUUGUGAUUAAGUAUUAAAUUAGUUUUGUUCAUAUUUGCGUAUACAUU